GGUACAACAUGUACAUCUUUUUUUUUUACGUCGUAUCAUUGACAACACGUCCAUCUCUACUUUUCGUCAUAAAUAUUUAAUCCCCCACCCCCCCCUUAGCACAUCGCUCUAGGCUCUAGCAACCCUACACCAUGGUCCGAACUCGAAAAGAAAAAAAAGCGGCAAAUGAGAUCAAGCUAUCUCAUCCCGACCGAACCGCCGUCCCCAGCGAGAACACCUUGCUGAAGCUUGCGCAAGACCGCAACCUCUUCGAGGAAGCCGAGCGGAAGCAGAGGAAGAAUGCGAAAGCUAACGACUCGGACGCGGACUCGGACGACGGAGAUGAGCUUUUAUCGUCGACCGCCGACAGGGUAUUGGAGACUAUGCUUUGGAGCAUCAGCUUGUCUAUGUUACAUAUGACUCUCGAUGUGCUUGUCCAGCAUCAAUAUGCAAUCUCCAUCAUAUGGCCUCAGAUCAUAAUGAGAUCUGUACAAGCUUCUGUUGUAUUCUUCUUACUCGUCUAUGUACUUCAUCCGCACGUCUCGGCUCCAUCUUUUAUCCCCGGGCUGCCGGUGAGGUUCCAAUCUCCCCUGCGGCAGAUUAUAUUCCUCGUUGCGAGUGUCGUUUCUGGUUGCUAUCUGAUUCAUAUUUCGAAUAAGUAUAGCUAUCUCGCUGUUAUGAAACAAGCUCCGCCCUUGGGCUGUAUCUGGAUCUGGUCUGUUAUUGAACUUGACCUACCAUUCGCUGUCCUCUCUUUAGCUUGUACCGGCGGGUUCUUCUAUCAGGGCGGGUAUACUAUUAAGCAGCCAUAUUAAUAGCGUCUUCAGCCUUGCUCCGCUAGCCAUCAUAUAGGCACUUUAUAUUUAUAAAUAAAAUACCCGGCAAAGCGGACAGAAAUAUGACAAUGCCCAAAACAUUAUGUAGCAACGAACAACUUCCAAUGUAUUUGUAUGCCAUGUUAAGGUACCUAACCUAAUUGAAGUGUUUCUGUUUGGGUAAUAUAGAGAUACGUCAUGGUGUAGGUACCUAGGUACUUAACAGAUCCACAAGGGUCUUCACGAUGUGGCUUACCUUAAGCCUUAAAAUAAGCCUUAUGCAAGGUACAAGAAUG